AGUGGCGCUGCGCACAGUUUCGGUUUGCCGCGAGUUGUCUUUUUGUUCUCAGACGGGCACUGUUGAUCUCCGAAGUUCACGAAUAGAUCCGUGUUUCAUGUAAAUGCCAGAGUUAGCGCCGUAGAUAAGCGUGCCGAGAUGGAAGCUAACCUUCCGAGUUCUCGGGAUGCAGCUGAAGCUUGCGGGACGGGCCACUCCGACAAAGCUAGCAGUGAAGGCCCCACACCGUCGAGCACGCCCAGCAUCAAAGUCGAACCCGUCGACUCGGACUUCGCGCCUUUUACUGAAGACGUGUCCCAAGAGCAACCCGAAGACUACGACGACAUCGGCGAGUUUUUCUUCGAGUCUGAUCACCUGGCCCUCCGCGGCAACGCGGACUACCGUAACGUCCUCAAGACGCUUGCAGUAUUAGAAGCCCAGAGGGUGCAGGUCAUCCGCGACAUUGAACAGCUCAUCCAAGUCCGCGAGCAAGCGCUCUCUGACCCGAUCCGAUUUGUCGAACGUCUCCAGAAGAAAGAGGACGUCGGUAUUCCGCUUCCCCAAACCGUCCCGCAGAUCCCGAACAUCGACUGGAGCCAGUACAGCCUGAGCAACACGGCGUUCGGGUUCGAAGGCAAGAGACAGUUCACGAGGCAAACCGCCAAAACGGAGCCCAAACCAUCGGCAUCGCAAACCUCGACCCAGUCCAGCGGGGUGCUGAUCCGCGGCCGCGUGUUCAGCGAAAACAAGCCGGCCACCUUCAACCAGCUCUGGACUGCCGAAGAGCAGAAGCGUCUCGAAGACUGCCUCCUCAAGUUCCCGCCGGAAGAAGUGGAGAGCAGGCGCUGGGAGAAGAUCGCCCAAGCGCUCGGCAACCGGACCCCCACCCAAGUCGCGAGCCGGGUCCAAAAGUACUUCAUCAAGCUAGCCAAGGCCGGCCUGCCGGUACCGGGAAGGAUACCGAACGUGUCGGCGCCGCGGCGGAUCGGAGGUACCGGUACCCGGCGAGGACACCAGUACCACCACCGGUCCAACGUCAUGUUCUCGCACUCCACCUUCUUCGCCUCACACCGCCCUCCAGUCUACAUGGUCGAGGGAGAGGAGGAGAACUCGACGUCUACGUGGAGCUUCCUCGAGAGCGAGGCGUCGUCUACCAACGACAAGGGUGAAGAGGCGGUCUCCGAAGACGACAGCCUCGAUGCAUCGGCGAGAGAGACUCCGGAGUACAAGGAACUGCGGGCGCUGAAGAGGGCUCGACAGGAGAGACUGAGCAAGGCCGGCCUUGCGCAGCACGUGGGCUUCCGGUGUGACCGGUGCGACAAAGAUCCUAUCCUGGGGACGCGGUGGCACUGCACGGACUGUCCUGCCGGGCGUUCGGUGGACUUCUGCAGCGACUGCGUGGACUGCAUGCACGAGUUCGGCACGCACCGAGACGACCACCACUUGGAGCCCGUGCGGACGGCGCAGGACUGCUCCACGUUUCACGACAGGGACUACAUGAGCUUCGCUGGGGCAGACUAUAAUUACCUCGACCCAAAUUACCUGCCUGCCACGGGAUAAAAGUCAAAUUUUUGUCAUCAAUGCCGUGCAGCUUUUAACAUGUGGAUCUAAGCUCGGGUGUCGUCAAAGUUCAGCAGCUUGUCUGCAUCUUCGGUGUUAUUUACACAAUACAGGUAACAAGAACAUAGGAGCAAGCUGGUGAAUGUCUUGGAAAGCAGGCACAGAGAGCCUUAUUUGUUCCUCGGUCUCAGGUGUCCAAGAUGCCGAUAGUAUUCUAACAUUGUUUGGUCAAAGAAGAUUCCUGCGAAAGAGUGUUAAAUGCGCUAUACAGUCGCCUAUGUCGGAAGUUUUGAAAGAAUUAACAGUGUGGCUGUUGCAGGAAUUCACCGUGAUCACCAACUGCCGCAGGGCCAUCGUACGCACAUACUUCAGUUUCCUUGCAAUCAGCAAUAAUUGUGUGCAUGGCUUUCAUACUACACUAUCACCUACACUGUUCUACACCGUCUUUGUAAUCACCAACAUCGGUUUUCAUGCUUCCUUUCGGGAGAGUCCUCGUGCCAGCUUCACAGGGUCGCAGAACUCUAAGACGGAGGAAUAGCCAACGGCACAAAUGACAUCCAGUCGCAGAGAAAUUGUAGUUUUGGUGCAUGUAGACAUGCAAGCUCCACAGUGCAUAUGCCAGCAGAGGGUACAGUCUCGAGGGAUCAGUGGUCAAGCGCAGAAACCAGGGGUCCCAAAUUCAAUCCCCACUGCUGCCUAUCCUUACUAGGACGCUAGACGCAGUCAUACUGCGCAGGCCAAAUUUCUCAGCUGCAGUGUAAACCAGUG